UCAGGGUCCCCCAAUGGCCUGCAAAUUUUUUAAUACCAGACCCUCAUGUUCCUCACCUUAAAUGCCGCAAAAUAUUAAAAGAAAGAAGAAAAUCUCAUAAAGUUUCAGUUAAGUCGGUUUCCCCAUAGUUCCCAAACCUUUUCCCUUUUUUUUAUUUAUUUUCAUUUUUUAAUAUUUAAUGCUAUCUGUGAGGUAUUUACACAAUGUCAGAGCCCAUGUUUUGGAAAUAGUAGAAUUAACCACCAUCAUAACUCUCAUCCCCCACACCCCAAACUCACCUCUAUCUUCUCUUUCCAGGUAUGCUACAACUCCAACUAUAUUCUCAUUAAGACAUGAAAGAUAAGUGGCAGAAUCAGAAUUACAAUUGGUAUGUCAUGUUACAUUGUCUAGUUCAACUUUUCUAGACUUUUAAAGUCAAUGGAAAGUGAAGAAAUGAAAGUAUCAUUUAAGUUAUUGUUAAUCUUUUUUCCAUUUGUUUUUUUUGUUCACCCUAUAAUCUGUUCUACUUAUAGUCCUGUUGAUGUUUUCUUGAUUAAUUGUGGGGGAAGUAACCCAAUAGAAGUUGAUGAUUCUCGGGUUUUUCAGCCUGAUAGUAGUAUUCCUCAUGUGAAAAUGUCCCCUUCUUCAGAAAUUGUUGUUUCUGAUGAUGAAAUGAGCAGUUCGGGUAACUCAGCUCUGUACAAUUUUGCUAGAGUUUUUGAAAAAACUUCAGCAUAUGCUAUUAGAACUAAGCAGAUUGGCCGCCAUUGGCUAAGGCUACAUUUUUUCCCAGUUCAAGAUACAAAGUAUGAUUUGAAGUCUGCAGUUUUUUCAGUUACAGCCAAUGGAAUCACACUGCUUCACCAGUUUUCUUUUUUGAAAAUGGGCCAAAACUCUCCUCUAGUGAAGGAAUAUGCGAUUGAGAUAGGAAGUUCGAGUUCAAAAAAAUUGGAACUGACAUUUUCUCCCAGAAAUGGCUCGCUUGCAUUUAUCAAUGGGAUUGAGGUUGUGGCUGUACCCAACAAGAAUUUCCCUUCCAGUCUUGUGCCAAUUCCAUUAGGACCUGAAGUUGAGAUCUCGAAACAUGUAGCUUUCGAGACAGCUUACAGGAUAAACAUGGGGGGUCCUCUUUUAACUCCCAAGAAUGAUUCAAUGUGGAGGAUAUGGGAGCCAGAUCAACCAUAUUUAGUAAAUGCUGCUUCUGCCCGAAAUGUUAUGGUCAAUCCUAAUUUGAUCAUGUACCCUGAUGGAAUAUCAGCGGAAAUUGCUCCGAAUUGGGUUUAUGCCACUGCUCAAGAAAUGGCUGAAGCAAAUGUUACCGAUCAGAAGUUUAACAUUUCAUGGACAUUUGAAGUUGAAGAAGGUUUUACUUAUCUUAUUAGGUUGCAUUUUUGUGACAUUGUUAGUGUAGCUCUUAACAGCUUAGUUUUCAAUGUCUACAUCAACAAGCAAUCUGCUUUGACCUCUUUUGAUAUUUCCAGUAGGACAAAGGCAUUAUCAGCUGCUUACUACGUAGAUUUCCUGGUGAAUGUUUCGAUGGGAUCAACUCAGAUUUUGAUUCAAAUAGGUCCUCCUGAUUUAAGAAAUCUUCCAAGCAAUGCAAUUUUGAAUGGUUUAGAGAUCUUGAAAAUGAGCAAUCCUUGUGAUAGCCUUGAUGGAAAUGUUUGUGAAAUUAAUAAGAACUCAAAGAUCCCAAGCAGAAAAUUGAUUGUCCUAGCAAUCUGUUCAGCAGCAGUUUUCACAGUUGUAACGGUCAUUUUAGCAAUUUUUUUCCUGCACUUGCGUCAGCCAAAGAAGCCAAAACGUUGCUCCUCAACCUGGUUUCCAUUGCCGAAAAAUGUGGGAAAUUCAGAUUCCAAAGUUUCAAUUUGCAGUCUUGCUUCAACAGCACAAUCUCAUGGUUUAGGCCGCAUUCUAUCUUUCUCAGAGAUUCGUGAAGCAACCAAGAACUUUGAUGAGAGUUUGGUCAUUGGUGUAGGUGGAUUUGGAAAGGUUUAUAAAGGUAUGCUAGAGAAUGGGUUCAUGGUUGCAGUAAAGCGCGGAAAUCCAGGAUCCCGGCAAGGACUAACUGAGUUCAGGACAGAAAUUCUGAUGCUCUCCAAGUUGAGGCAUCGGCACCUGGUUUCUCUCAUAGGUUACUGUGAAGAACAAAAUGAGAUGAUCCUCGUUUAUGAGUUCAUGGCAGGUGGUCCUUUGCGGAGGCACUUGUAUGGCUCCAAUCUUCCCCCACUUAGCUGGAAACAAAGACUGGAAAUCUGUAUUGGAGCUGCAAAAGGCCUACACUACCUCCACACAGGAGCAGCAGAAACUAUCAUCCACCGCGAUGUGAAAACAACCAACAUACUUCUUGAUGAGAAUUUCACAGCAAAAGUUGCAGAUUUUGGGUUGUCAAAGCUAGGUCCCACUGUGGAUCAAACUCAUGUCAGCACUGCCGUGAAAGGAAGCUUUGGUUAUCUUGAUCCUGAGUACUUUCGUCGACAGCAACUCACAGAGAAAUCUGAUGUGUAUUCUUUUGGAGUAGUUCUCAUGGAAAUUUUAUGUGCUCGGCCUGCUAUAAACCCUGCUCUUCCUAGGGAACAGGUUAAUAUAGCAGAAUGGGCUAUGCAUUGGCAAAAGAAAGGCCUGUUAGAAAGGAUUAUAGAUCCUCAUCUUGUAGGAUUUAUCAAUCUUGAAUCCCUGAGAAAAUUCAGUGAAACAGCUGAGAAAUGCCUGGCAGAACAUGGAGCUGAGAGACCUACAAUGGGAGACGUGUUAUGGAAUUUGGAGUAUGGUCUUGAACUACAAGAGGCUUCCAUACAACAUACUGCUUCAUCUGAGAAUAGUGCAAACCAUAUUCCAGAUAUUCCUGGAUGGAUCCCCCAAGUUGAAUCUAUCAAUGCUAAUCAUUUUGAUUGUAUCAGUGAUCAAGCUACUGAUACAACAACUACCACAAGUGACGUGUUCUCAGAGCUUAUGGAUCCAAAAGGCAGAUAGUCUUGUUGUUGCCUACAUUCUAGGAUUCAAAUUUUGAUAAUCUCGAUUUGGAUCUGAAUUAAUAAAAUUUUUCUUGAUUUAUAAUGUUUGUUCAUUUGUUUCUGUAGUUUAUUCUAUGGAGUGAAGUUAUUGCAAAAUAUGAGAUUCAGCCCUGGUCAAUUAUCAUUGUACUACCAUGAAACUGGAGAGGAAAACAUCAUCUUUUUCUACAGUGUUCCCUAUCAGAGAAGCAGCCCAAUAAUUGAAAUCCCACUCAAACCAAAAUAUUGGGAUUCACCUGUAGUUUUCAUUUGAGCUAUGUUAAUGUUGUAACUGCUUAUGAACAACAAAAUUAGAGAAGAGAGAAGAAUGUAGGCAACAACAAGACUUACUAAAA